AACUUUGUUUUUCGGACCUUAUCUGGCAACCCUCAUGCCUUUUCUACCAGAGGGUAGUCACUAGUUAACACAGCCACAAAGUCAUAACCCCCGCCUAUUUCGACAAAAUAUCUUCUUAAACUCUGAUUUUUAAACUAACACUGCUAACCUUAUACCUAGCCCUAACAUGAAAUGAAGACCUUUUUUUCACGAUUUUUUACGAUUUCGCCUUUGUGGCUGUGUUAUCUAGCGGAAACUCCACCAGAGUGGUUCUCCAUCCUGGCAUUUGCCUCCAUCCUGGUCUCUCCGAAGUGCCCGGACCAAAAACAGGAAUAUGAGCACGGGGGAAGACGAGGACUCGGUGACCCUGGAGUCUGUCAACUCUGUCACUCUCACCCAGGACAGCGACGGCAGCAUCAUACUACACUGUCCUCCACACGUGUCAGAGGGAGACGAGAGCUUCGAGGUGACUAUGACCGCCACCGACGACAGUGACAUCACGGAAGAGGGGGUGGCCCAGAUACAGAUCUUGCAGAGUGAGGAUCCUCAGAACAGGGAAGAUAUAUCUCCUGUCAGCCAGGCCUGGUUCACCACCAAGGAGGAUAAAGACACACUAGUUAACAAAGGUCAUAAGUGGAAACAAGGCAUGUGGUCUAAAGAGGAGAUCGACCUCCUGAUGAGCAACAUCCAACAAUAUGUGAAGGGUCGGGGAAUGGAGGACCCAGCUGAGAUCAUCUUUGAGAUGUCUAAGGAGGAGCGUAAGGAUUUCUACCGCAGCGUGGCCUGGGGUCUGAACCGACCGCUGUUCGCCGUCUACCGACGAGUCCUCCGCAUGUACGAUAACCGCAACCAUGUGGGCAAGUACUCUCCUGAGGAGAUCAACAAGCUGAAAGAGCUGAGACAGAAGCAUGGUAAUGACUGGGCCACCAUAGGAGCCGCUCUGGGCCGCAGCGCCUCGUCUGUUAAAGACCGCUGCCGACUAAUGAAGGACACCUGCAACACAGGGAAGUGGAGUGAGGAGGAGGAGAGGCGUCUAUCGGACAGUGUCUAUGCCCUGGCGGGUGUGUGUCCGGGCCGUGCGGUGACGGGCGGGGUGUCGUGGGCGGCUGUAGCUGAUCUGGUGGGAACGCGGUCGGAGAAACAGUGUCGCUCUAAAUGGCUCAACUACCUCAACUGGAAACAGAGUGGAGGGACGGAGUGGACCAAAGACCAGGAUCUCAGCUUAGUACACAGGAUAGUGGAGUUGGAUGUGGAUGAUGAGAAUGAGUUAAAGUGGGAGGAGCUAGCGGGGGGGUGGAGCAGUGUUCGCUCUCCUCAGUGGCUCAGAUCUAAGUGGUGGAGCAUCAAGAGACAAGUAGCCAAUCACAAGGAACUGCCCUUCCACGUGUUACUGAAGGGUCUUCAGGAGUUGAUGGAGACUCAGGUGCCGUUAGGGGCGGGCACUGGGCCAGGUAGCCCUUCCCUGCAGAUCCGAGUCACGCGAUUGGAGGAGUGCUGUAGCUCCCCCCCCCGGCCCGUCACAGCACUGCAGAUCCCCCUGCAGAUCACACACCUGGACAGUGCUGGUGCCAGUGACACAGAGACCAUCACCCUCAACACUGCUGCUCUGCAGACCUUACAGAUCCUACCUUCUUUCCACCUGCACCCUACAGGGACUCCAGGGACAUACUUCCUUCAGACAGCAGCCAAUCAGAGCCUGCCGCUCAGCCUUUCCAGCAAUCCCACCGUCACACUGACGGCUAGCUCCUCCCCCUCGUCCCCAGAACACAUCAUCCUACACAGCCUCUCGACGGAGGGUCUUUGUUCCAAUGACAGCGUCAUCAUUCAGACGGUCACCUCUGACCACAGCUCUACAGAGCCUCUUUGCCAAUCACAGCUGGUUGUGGAGAUGCAGGGGGAGGAGCCAGAGCAGAACUUCCUGAUUGGUUCCUCACAAGGCGGAGCCACCGAGACUCUGGAGCCAAUGACAGACAGCUUUACUGCCAAGGUCCUGGACUCUCCCUCUCAGGAGCAGGCGGUGGAUUCUGGGAUAGCGAAGGGGGCGGUGCUUAUCGUUUCUCCUACAAAUGUCAGCAGCACACUGACAGAUCUGAUCCUGGAGAACCAGCAUGGCUCUGACUGAGCUGGAUGACAUCAUCACUGAUGGAGCCCAUCAAACAGCAGAGUGGACAUGUCAUAAUUUUGGACAUUAUUUCUGAUUGGCUGAGUUGGCCAUUAAGCCCCUCCCCUUUAAAUGUUUUCUUGGGUAUGGCAGUAAUACUGGUAUGUACACCGCCUUCAAACCCCAACCAAGAAGAAGUUAUUUUGGGUCAGAGGUGAGACUAUGAUGUCAUUGUGGGCUCCUGUGGGGGCCGGCCUGACCGUGUGUGUGAGAGAGAGUGUGUUGCAGAACGGCUUUUCCAAACUGUCCAUUAUAAAGACUGCAGCCAGAGCCACAGAUAUACACUGAGUGGACAAAGAACUUCCUAAUAUUGAGUUGCAACCCCAUGUCAGAAGGCUAUAAAAUCCUUAUUUAACCUGUCUCCUCUCCUUCAUCUACCCUGAAGGGGAUUUAACCUGUCUCCUCUCCUUCAUCUACUCUGAAGUGGAUUUAAUAAGGGAUCCUAUCACCUGGUCAGUCUGUCAUGAAUAUUGUUGUUAAUGUUUUGUCCACUCAGUGUCAUUGUAGAUUCUCUGGUUGCUCCGCCUCAGAACAGCAUCCUACAGUUUGUAGGUCCCAGUGUUUCUGUUGGAACCGUCUGCCUACUGACCCCACAAAGAACAGGACAGAUUCUCAUUCAUCUGACACUGUGAAUUAUAUCUGCAUUUAGUUUAUUUAUGUGUAAUAAAAACUCCCACAGUUGCUA